AUGGCUCCCAACAAUGCGCUCAACGGGGAACAACCGCCGCGCAUCGAAACGGCAGUGGAUAUCGUUGCAGUGCCAGCUAUCGGUGCAGAUCCCAGGAGGACAUGGCUCGAUGGGGAUUCACAAACGCCGUGGCUUCUCACCGAGUUAGCCAGAUGCAUCCCAACCGCUCGUGUUCUAUUUGCAGACCACGGGCAUCUUGACUCUCAAGAUGAUCUGGACUUACUGGCUCACCGGCUGUUAAAGUGGCUUCUAGAGAAAAGGGGGUCAACUAGCCUUAGGCGUCCUAUCUUCUUCGUUUGUCACAGCACGGGCGGACUUGUCGCCAAAGCAGCGCUUGUAAUAGCGAGUCAACUGACAUCCAGACUUGGUUCGAUUCUGUCAAGUUGCUAUGGCAUCGCAUUUCUGGCGACUCCGCAUCAUGGCUCGAGUUAUCUGUCGGCUCCGGAGUUCACCAAAAGUAUUCAGCACUUGAUGAGACUCAAACACCGCCUUCCACCUCGUAUUCAGGAGCUCUUCAAACCAAGACAUCCCUACCUCUUACGUCUUUCUAGCGAAUUCAGGGCAAUAUCGGCGGACAUCAGACUUUGGACCUACCUGGAGACUGUCGAUUCAACUCUAAGCAUCGCCGACUCUGAGGCUGGAACCACCAUAGACAUGCAUGUUCCCAUUACGUCCAUCCGGUCUGGUAUUCUUGGUUUUGAACAUGAAAAAGAAACCCCUCUAGCUACUGACCAUGUUGGCACUGCAUCUUUCAAGGGCCAGGAGCUUACCACAAGAAUCAGUUUCAUAGAUGAAUUACAUGAAUCUGUCACCGUGGCUAUUCAUCUAUCCAAGCUGACAGAUGCCCCAUUAGAAGUCGACACGGAAGUACUGGUCCAAGUAAAUGGCUUUUUCGAAGACACCGCGCGUGGAAUUAGCGAUGAAACCCCUUUGAAACUAUGGUCCACCAAAGCGUCUCUCCGCGAGUAUUUGGCGAAUGGACCCUCUUCGUGCCUCAAUAUUAGGCUUCAAAAGACAGCCGGGAUACCAGCGAGCAUCUACGAUGACUCCUCUCUAAGCAGCUUCGAUAGCAGACCAACUUCUGCUCAUGUUCGAGCGUGA